CAGCUCUCGCUCCCUCUCCAUUUCCACACAGCCCCUCACCCCCUUUGCUGUCUUUCUCCAUCGCUCUCUUGCUGGACUUGGCUUUAUUGGGCGCUCCCGGAAGCCGCGGUGCGUGUCUCUCUGCCGGCCUGACUGACACCAGCUCCCCCGGAGGGGAGGAGAGGGGAGGGAGGAGGCGGCCGCGGCCAGGGAUUGUCCCCGCAGCGAGGACGCGAGCAGGGGGCUCCUCCAGCCAGAAUGGCGGAGACACAGGUGUUGAUGGAGAGGCUGGAAAAAGCUGUAAUUCGACUUGAAUCAUUGUUUUCAGAUUCACACAGUUCCAUUGGAAUGCAGUGUGGAGCUGUAAACGGCAUCAAUGGAGGUGUAGCACCGUACGUAGAAGCCUUUGACAGACUGUUAAAUGGGAGUGUGGCUGAGUUUCUCAGGAAUAGCAAGAUCCUUGAAGGUGAUGUGAAGAUACAUGCAGAAAUGGUACGUGCUGCUUUCCAAGCACAGAGAGCCUUCCUGUUGUUAGUGUCUCAAUAUCAAGAACCUCAAGAGAGUGAGAUGGCCGUGCUGCUCAAACCAAUAUCUGACAAGAUCCAGGAAAUCCAGACCUUCAGAGAGAGAAACCGAGGAAGUAAAAUGUUCAACCACCUUUCAGCUGUCAGCGAAAGCAUUCCUGCACUUGGGUGGAUAACAGUGUCUCCUAAACCAGGCCCUUAUGUCAAGGAGAUGAAUGAUGCUGCUACCUUUUAUACUAACAGGGUGUUAAAGGACUACAAAAACAGUGACUUACGUCAUGUUGAUUGGGUGAAAUCAUACUUGAACAUCUGGACUGAGCUUCAAGCUUACAUCAAAGAGCAUCAUACCACAGGCCUCACCUGGAGUAAAACCGGUCCAACUGCAUCAACAGCAUCUGUGUUGUCCACUCUAACAAGUGGGCAGUGCCUCCCACCACCCCCACCUCCACCGCUGCCCCCAGGACCUCCUCCUGUCUUUGAUACAGAAAGUGGAAAGGAUGAAGCAACCACGUCUCGCUCAGCCUUGUUUGCCCAGCUUAACCAGGGAGAAGCAAUUACCAAAGGGCUACGACAUGUCUCAGAUGACCAGAAGACCCAUAAGAAUCCCAAUCUACGUGCUCAGGGUCCGCCAGUUCGUUCUCCUACAAAAAGCCAUACUCCAAGCCCCACUUCUCCCAAAAAUUCUCCUCAGCAGAUUCAUUCUCCUUUGUUAGAACUAGAGGGGAAGAAAUGGAGAGUGGAAUACCAAGAGGAUAAGAACGACCUUGUUAUUACUGAUACUGAACUCAAGCAAGUGGCUUACAUUUUUAAAUGCAACAAAUCUACACUACAAAUGAAAGGAAAAAUAAAUUCCAUUACAAUUGACAACUGCAGAAAGUUUGGCCUUGUGUUUGACAACGUCGUGGGUAUCGUGGAAGUGAUCAAUUCCAGGGAUAUUCAGAUUCAGGUAAUGGGGAAAGUGCCAACCAUUUCGAUUAACAAGACAGAAGGCUGCCACAUAUACCUCAGUGAAGAUUCGUUAGACUGUGAGAUUGUGAGUGCCAAGUCAUCUGAAAUGAACAUUCUCAUCCCCCUAAAUGGAGAUUAUAAAGAAUUUCCUGUUCCUGAACAGUUCAAGACAGCAUGGGAUGGAUCUAAGCUGGUCACUGAACCUGCAGAGAUUGUAGGUUAACUUCCUAAUGCCAUACAGCACCUGCUGACCACAAUCUCAGACCAAGGUCAGCCUAAAUAAAACAGCAACAUAAAGAACUAGAAGUAACAGUAGCUCAUACUUUUGUAGUCGGUCUUCAAACAGCAGCUCUGUACACUAGAAACAAUGACAUGUCUGGCACGCUUUUAUUAGGCAUUCUGAUAUUUUUAAAGUUUCCACACAGUUUGCCUUCAUUUACGGUUUUGAUUCUACAUGAUGUCAUGUGAACAUAAGGGAUUAAAAAAAAAAAACUCCAUUCACAUUAUUGGCUAUUACACUGCACACAAUAAGCCAAAAAUAUUGCAUGAUAUACUUUGUUACAAUCAUGUUUCAGUGCAUUCCUUUUUACGUUUCUGCUAGUCAAAAAUAAUCUUAAAAACAGUUAAGAUGUUUAUUUUACCUUUUAGAUAAUUCAUGUAUGAUGUGGUGAACAUGUACCCCUAGGAAGUGUGUGAUUCUUGUAGUUCUGUUCUAAUCAUCAUGGGGGUUUUUAAGACGCAAAAGUACAAUUUUCAGCAAUACAUUUUGCCAGUGGAAUAUAAAAACAGGAUAUUUUAAUCAAACAUUUUUCUAAUAUGUAUAUGUAGAGUAUCCCUCAGCUUUCAGUUUACACAGACAUGUUGUAUCCCUUUUGGUUGUAAAUUAUUAAUCCUAAUAUCUUCUAGAAAACAUUACUUAAUGUUUAGCAUAUCAUCUGAAGUUUUUCACUUCUCUAAUUUCUCUUGUGUUCCUUUAUUUGGGGCUGGGGGGGGGAGGACAUUUUUUUCCUUCACAUAGUACCUCACAGCCUGCUCUGAAAACUGAGGGCAGGUCUACACUACAGCCAGGAUCAAUGCUCUGAGAUCAAUCCACUGGCGGUCGAUUUAGCGGGUCUAAUGAAGACCCACCAAAUCAACAGCAGAUCAUUCUCCAGUCGACCCCUGUACUCUACCCGCAACAAGAAGAGUAAGGUAAGUCGAUGGGAGAGUUUCUUCCAUUGACCCCCUGUGGCAUAGACCCCGCGGUAACUCAACCUAAGGUACAUCGACUCCAGCUACAUGUAGCUGGAGUUGCAUAAUGUAGGUCGACUUUCCAUGGUAGUGUAGACAUAGGGCUGUUUUAUGAUUUGGGGCACAUGCUAUCUCAAGCUAAGUGUCAGAUGCCCUAUACCUGGUUUCCUUGCUGAUUUUGUUUCUCUAAAGUAUUCUGUUGUAUAAGUGGUCUGUUGGGGAUGUAGUCCCAGGGUUUUUUUUUGGCCACUUGCAAGAUUUGCAUACUAAUCUUCAAAUAUGUCCAUAAAUAAAAGCCAUAGAUGUAUUCCAUCUGAAUUCUGAAUCCAAAUUAAAGGGACUAUUUCUUGUUUAAGACCCUUGAUUCUAUGUUACAGUUCUUAUUACAUGCUUUUUUAACACUAAGGUGGAGUGUGCUAUACAUUUUACAAUUUCAGCAUGUAGUAGUCAAAAUUCAGCAUACAUUUUUGAUCACUUGUAAUAUUUUGUAAGAGUGAAAUCAUGGUUAUAUGCUUGCAAAGCUAGUUACAGGAUAUACAUUGUGCCUACUGCACCUUUUCAGAGUACUUAAAUUCCUUCAGUUUUAAAGUAUCUGAUUGUACCACAACCAAUAGUGCUCAUACAACAAGGUUUUAUUAUCUGAUGUUUUAUCUGUAUGUAUAAUGUUGUGGCUUUAGUACAUACCAUUUUUGAACCGUAAACCUAUUCUGAAAUAAAAAAGGAGUCUGUACUUGGUUUAAAUACAGCGAGUUCAAAGUGUACUUCAUUUAAGUGUUUUCAUCCAUUUUCCUAAAUGUCAUUUCAAAAUGAGGAGAGGCAGCUCUGACUCCCUGCUGUUGAC